CCCUCCACUUGCUGUUCAACCCUCCACUUCACAGAGACCGGACCACUGUUUAGUGAGGAUUGUGCACAAAGGGAUGUGACAGACUUGUUUUUUUUUUUUUGUCUUCUCAGAGAUUAUUCGGACUUCUUUAAUUUUGUUUUUCUUCCUUGGGACACUGGCCAUGUCUGAAAGUAUUGUGAGGAAGGUGCAGCCUUUCACCAUCGGGACAAGGCUGUCAGUCCCCGCUGUGCCAAAAUGCCAGGACUUUCCUCAGAGUUAUCUGCCCGACGAGACUCUGGAUAACUGCGUGUUACAGCACAACCUGAACUCGCUCUACCUCAGCCGGUCCCAGGUCUGCGCACAUGGGCCCCGUCUCGUGCCGCCGAUCGUCAAGCAGGUAGCCCCCGUGAAACAGGACCAGGAGCACAUGGCCGCGGAGGACCACCUGAACGAGAACGUCGCCUCUCCCUCGGCUGUGUCCAGAUCCAUAAAGAAGAUCACAAUCUCUGGGAGUAAAGACAGGUCGGAGAACGAGACAGCGGCGGGGCCGCCGGCACAGCUUUCGAUCACAGGGUCCACGUCUGAAAACAACAACAACAACAACAACAUCACCGGCACGUCUGAUCCACAUCUGCCCAGGAUUGUGGGAGUGAGCUGUGAGAAUAAACCCAAAUCUCAGUUUAAGGUUUUACUCAGAAAAGAGAGCACAGAGGAAACUCAGCCCACGCAGGAAUCAAGCAGACCCAAACUGAAUGGAGAGAAAUGCAUCCAACAGCUUUCAGUGCCUGACUCGCAGAAGAAAGAGCCUCAGAGGAAAGAAAGUCAUCCGCGCACACACAAUGAGGCGUUGGCAGCCGCCGCGUCCCAGAGCGACUGCUUCACUCAGCGCACCUCGCUUUUCAACAAGGAAGUACUGCAGGCAGAGGCAUGGAUCAAGGGCAAGCUGCAAGACUUAAAGGAUGGAUGUAAUAUUCAGUGCUGCCCCCUGCAGGACUGGGAGGAAGCCUCACAGACGCUUCAGAGAGACCUGAAAGACUUUGAGAACACCCUUAUUCAACUAAACCAGAUGGGUGAGCAGUUGAUCUGCAAGCUGAACCCCACGUCCGAUCUGGUGAAGAAGCAGCUCAGCCAGCUCAGGGAGCAGUGGCAGACCCUGAAGCAGAUGGCUGCGAAUCAGACGAGGGCCCUCGGUGGAGCCAAGAACCUGCAGGAAUUCAACAAAAAAGUGGAUAAGUUGGAGGCGUGGAUCAAAGAGAAGCAGGAAGAGGAGCAGUCUCUGGUGAAUGUCCUGGGGGAAAAUGUUGACAAAAUGCAGUUGACCAGGAGAAUUUUAGAUCUGAAACAGGAUGAGCAGCUACACAGAAACCUCCACGAGGAGAUUAACAACUUGGCCCUAAAACUGGAGAAACAAGGGAAGACAGAUGGCAAAAACAUCUCCACCAGGAGGAAGCACAUCAAUAAAAUGUGGCUGAAGGUCCAAUCUCACCUAAAAAACUACCAUGAAAACCUUCACCUGGCACUGGAAGUGUCCUCAUUUUACCAGCAGGCGGAUAAUACACUGUUUGCUAUUAACAACAUGAGGAAAAGCAUAUCUGCAUCCAAAGAGCUCGACGGCUUUGGCGACAGAGAAAUACGUGACAUUGCCAGUCAAAUCAUGAUGCUAGAUGUGAGUGUGUCCCAGCUGUCUAAUCUCCAUCCCGCGCUGGCCGCCAGCGUCUCCCAGAAGCAGAGCGAGGUGAAGGACUGCUGGGCGCUUCUUCAGAAGGUUUUCAGGAGUGACAGGACCACACUCUCUCCCUCUGGCUCCGCUUUCACCAGGGAAGAUGCUGACCUCAUGACACGGGCUCGCGAAGCCCAGUGCAGCAUGGGAGCGGAGACACAUGGGAUCAUGGGAAAGGAGGUGAAGGAGGAGCAGAACCGUCUGAAAGGAUGUGUGAGCACUGUUGACUGUGGGAGUGGUAGGCGAGCACACAGCAGCCAAAGCCAGGAGCAAAAAUCGGCGAACCACUCCUCUUCACCGACGGGAGACGGCCCCGUCUUUGCAAACAACGCCGCGGUCCGGCAUCAGCUCAGAGGGGAAAGCAGUAAGCCCAGAGCUGAGCCCAAGCUUGCCACCGCCCCGCGAGGCCACCCACAGCUUCACAUGCAGCUUCAGAAGUUCACCGUGUCUGCUGACAAGACUUUGUCCUGGCUCAAAGACAACGUCUCCAUGGCUACGCAGGUGUGUUCAAUAGCCAGCUUUGAGGGGCUGGAGGCAGCCAGGAGAUGUCAACACACUCUCGAACAAGAAAUCCUCAAAAACAGAGCCAGGAUAGAGGUGGUCAAAAGGGAGGGCCACGGGCUGGUCCGUGCGCAGCACCCAGGCAGCACCAGGAUUGAGGAGUUUCUCGGCCAGCUGGAAGUCCUGUGGGAAGAACUGAGGAGGAGGCACCAGAGGAAUGCCGUGUUCCUGCAGGCCUCAGAGGAACUGGGUUAUAGGGUUGUGAAAGUGCUCCAGGCCCUGGGCAGCCUGGAAGCCUGGCUGGAGUCAGUGGAGCUUUCCAUGAAGGAAUCCGCGUUGGCCGGUGACCCCGAAACGAUGAGCGUGGCCGAGAGGGAGAGCUGUCUGCUGGAGAGAGAGGUGGCGGCGCGCAGCCUGGAGCUCAGCGCUCUGAGGCAGGAGGUGGACUGCCUCCACGGCCACAGUCACCCACACACACGGGGGCUGGCAGCACGCAUGGAGGAGGUGGAGAAAAAGUACCACCGUGUCCAAAGUGCCCUGAACCAGCAGAGCUCGGAACUGCAGGACACGCGCAUGCUGACUGAGUUCCUGGAGCGCGUGGAGCUAGAGGAGAGCCAGGAGCUGAGUGGCAGCCAAUACGACCUAGGCCAGCAUCUCCACAGUGAGAUUGCCUCAGCAACUACUUUGCUGGGACUCAACAGCAGUGGAAGUGGCGAGCCCCUGAUAGAGACCAUGGGGGAUCCCGUGGAAGAACUGCGAGAGGCUGUGGAGAUGCUGAACGACACGGUGAGGGAACGAGGCCGAUCACAGAGCCACGACCAGGCCAUCCAAGAGCUCCUGAGUAAGCAUGCCAGCCUGGCGGUCCGUGUGGAGGAGUGCCUGUGCUGCAGCAAGGAGCUGUGCUUGGACAUCCUGGAGAAGGAGACAGACAUGGCCAUCCAGUGUGAGCCAGACCGCUGUGGUCUCGAGGCUCUGCAGGAGAAGCAGGACCACCUGGAGAUUGACUGUGAAGUCAUCAGGGAGGAGGUAAAGGAGAUGGCGAACCAGGCUUCUCGCUUGAAGGAGCUGUGCCCGGAGAGGGUGCACGCUCUCGGGGCAAAGAUCCAGAACACGCUGCAGGCCUGGAGCGAGCUGGGAAAGAGCGUGACAGAGAACAAAUCCCGUCUGCGAGAGUUCGUGCAGCUCCAGGACUUCUUCAGGAGCUACCUUGGCAUGAUCUCAUGGACAGAAGACACCAGGUCAAGCAUUUUCUCAGAUACCGCCUUGCACCUCGGGAGAGACGGGCAGAGGCCGCUGGCCGCAGAGCUCGACAUGCAAAUCGAGCAGAAGUUUGAGGAGUUCGAUAAGCUGGCGGCCACGGGGAAGAACAUUUUGGACAAAGAGCACCACCUCACGCAGAUGGUAAAAGAGCGCAUGGAGGAGCUGAGGAGUAUGCUCGGGUGGAUCCUGGUGCACUGGAGGGCUCAGAAACAACAGUGGCUUCACAAGAAGAGCAGAGAGGAGACUUCACAGGACAACAUUUACUCUGAAGCGACAAUGUGCCUUCCAGUAACAGAGGGUUUGGCUCCUGAGCCGGAGGCCCUCCAGCCCCAGCAGCCCCAGGUCGUCAGCCCCGGCGAAGACACAACAAAGGCAGGAAGAGAUAGCCAGCCCUCACGCGUGCUGCCCAGACAUGCCGAGGAGCACGAAGAGAUGCAGUCAGAUGACGGAUAUGAGAUUAUGAAAAGCGUCGGACCCCAGGACGAUUCUCCCAAGGCCAACAUCGUGGUGCUCAAAGAGGGCAACAGCCCUCCUGUAGGGGGCACAGUCAACCUCAUCCUUAGCUUCGGAAACACAGGGGACAGCCAGGUUGAGGUGGUGGACCUUCCUCCUCAGACAGAUGAGGUAGUGGAGGAGACCUCUGAGCCCGUCCACAGGCCCGCUAUGCCUCAAUCUUCUGCUUGUAAAAACUUCUGGAGGCGCUGCCAGGGGCUUUUGGAAAAUACUUUGGGUAGUUUAAAGCGAAAGAGAAAGAUUUAUCGGCAGAGUGCAAAUGAGGUAAGUACCUACUUACACGUCAAGGAUAACAACCUGGCUGUGUCCCCUGUGUAUGAGAGUAUCACCCUGCCUCGCCUCAAAAGUCGCUCUGCAGCCUCAGCCUCCCCUACUUUCCUGCCGUCCUCCUCCCUGCCGUCUUCCUCGUCGCCCGUGCCGCUGGCGACCAACGUGACCUUCCACCCUUCGACGGCGAGCGGCGGCGGCUCCAUCUUCAGCAGCCUCAAGAGGAUGGGCAAGAAGAGGAAGAGGAAGAGAGACGCUCGCCGGCACACCAUCCAGAAGAUCAUGGGAGUGGAGGAGCACACGGAUGGGUCGCCCCAUUAUGACUGUGAGGCGAUCGCGUAUGACACGCGCACUUGGCCACUGAAGGAGGGUCGGAGGAAGAAGAAGAGUUCGGCAAAGAGCGACGACGGGCUGGAAGCUAUGGCUUACAUGAAGAACCCCCUGCUGAGGGACAUCGACACAGAGUGCGCAGGAGAAUACAGCAUUAACCCGUAUGCUGUGUCAGCAGGGCCAACCACUUCGCCCUCAGCAGGUCAGGUGAGAAGUCACUGCAGAUUCCUCUCGCUGGGCUCCGUGCUGAGCUUUGAUCUACCUAAGGACAUGAACCUGAUCCCCAGCAUUCAGGACAUCAUCACCAUCGCCCCUCCGGAGUCCAAAAAGGGAGGCUCAGCUGAUCCGGACCCCCACUCCCAGAGACUGACCGUUUUGAGCUCUUUCAGACAAACUCGACCCGGUCCCGCCAUCGCACACACUGAAACACAACCGUCAACGGCCGUAGUCAAAGAUCUCCCUGAUGCGGACAAGAGUUUUCAAACUCCACCCCCUUCCUCCUUGGAAGACGACGAUGAGGAUCAGACUGUAACAUGUGCCGACUUAUCCAAAACCCAGUCGAUUGUGUGUGAAGAUGCAGAGCAGGAGUGCGACAAGAAGGUAUCAGAGCCUUCAAAGCUACCCAUUUAUGUGAACCAAGUCUCUACUUCCACCACAGCUGUGCAUAAACACCAGUGCCCUAGUGUCCACACACUCAUUAAAGACCUUAAAGGACACCGGUACCACAGACACACAAGGCCCCAGAGUGUGCAUGAAGAGUGUGCCGGACUUCACGCAAGCCAAGCCACUCACAUGAGAGUGAACCUCAAGUCGACCGUAAGCGUGAGCGUUCGACAGGACUCGGUGGACUCCGGCAUCUCCACCUCCAGCAGCAUCAAGCUCUGCACCGAUGCUCCGUGUCCGGACAACCUGCGGCCUAAGGGGGUGGUGGGGAGGCUCAUAUCUCUUGAAGUGGGAGGACUCGACUGCACCAAGACGAGGGAAAACGACGCGGCCUCCUCGGGUCCAUCUCCAGACUCGGCAGGGGCAGAAGCAGAGCCGGUUCACCUCGACCACCAGCAGUUUGAGGAGGACGAGGAAGAGCUGGAGGACAUCUGGAACCGGACUAGCAAAUACAGGCAGAGCAUCUGCUCAGACAUCAUGUACCAGCCCAGUCAGGACGACUCUGCACCCUCGGAGCAAGCAGUAGAGUCGGUUUGCAGCUCGCCUCCAGCCACGGCCCCGACUGUGUUGUACAGGAACCUGGUCACGGCCUCGGCACCCAACCUCCUCGUGGCUGAGUUCAAACUGCCUUCCCACAUCCAGAGUUUGCUGGGUUACGAGAAAGAGCAGAGUCCCAAAGAUCACCUUCCUCCACUGGCUACGGGAGACAGGAGGUCCUGGGCGGCUUUUCCUCACCGGGAACCAGCCGGCAAGACUUCGGUGGCAGUGAACGAGACGGCGUCUGAUCCCGUGACGCUGCCGGACGUAGGGGACAAUCAGAGAUACAUUUAUCAGUACAGAGAGGAUGAGGAGGAGGAGGAGGCGGAGGAGGCGAAGGUGGGGGAGGAGGCGGACGAGCUCACGGGUUGCUUGAAGGACCAGUCGAUGAGUCUGCUGUCAGUCCACAUGGGUUUAGAUGGAGUCUGUCAGCAAAGAUCAGCCUCACAAACCCUGGAGGACUCAAAGAAGCCAGAAGGGCCGGUGGCCACAGGAGGGCGCUGUUUCACCCUGAGCGGAAAGCCUGAGCUGCAGUCUAUGGAGGGAACGCUGGAGAGGAAGCACAAGCUGCAGCUGGGAGGAAAGAAAGCGGCCUCCAGAGGCUGGAACUCCUACCACGCAGUCCUAUAUAGACAGACCCUGUGCUUCUACCAGGAUAGAAAGGAUACACUGAGGAGUUCUGCAUGUGGGCUGCCACUGAACCUCACAGGAGCGGAGUGCUCACCUGCCCCAGACUACACCAAAAAACCCAACUGCCUUCGAUUACAGCUCCGUGAUGGAUCUGAAUAUCUACUCAAUGCUUCCUCGCGCUUCAUGAUGAGGAAGUGGAUGAUGAAAAUCCAAUCAAACACAGGUCAGAUUGAGUCCUCGGUGUCGAGUGUCCCUUUUGAUGCAGACGUCCCCAUUUCCUUAAAGCCCUCCUUCUGCUUCGGAUGUCACAAUGCAGCCAGUUGCCGCUGCUCCUCUCCACAUGAUGUCACUCGCACGUUCCCCAGCAGGAGCAAACCGCCGGUCUCCGCCCAAACCAAAGAAAUCGUUGUCCUCACCCGCGAGUUCAGUCAGCUGCCGCAGAGUCACUUAAAAAGUUUGGACGAGCAUUCGGCCAUCUCUUCCUCAGACGCAGCCCGCUGUGACGAUGACUGUUCAAAGCAGGCAAUGACUCACAGACUCUCCGGAGGACUCAGAGACGACACCUCUUCCUCCCCUCACUCCCCUGUAUUCAGCGGUCAGGACUGGCUCAGCAGCAAGCGCCGCUCCCACUCUUUUACAUCAGCAACGUACCAGAAGAUCAAGCCCAUGUCGCACACCACCGCAGGAGGGAAAUGUCUGGAAAGAGGCUCCAACUACAGUGUAACUCUGGUGGUGGGGGACAAGUCGACGGACAGAAGCUCUGAGCCUCCACUGCUGGCCUCAGCUGGAUGGCAGCAGGACACGUAUCAGGACGCCGCUCUGAGGAGCUACGCCAGCCUGCCGCGUCCACGCAACAAGUCCGUCUUCAAGAAGUUCUUUGGGAGAAAGGACCUCUGAGCGUAAAGGAUGAUCGUGCUAGAGGGUUUUACACAUAGUUUCUAACGUGCAGUGCACAUAUUAAGCAAAAAAAAAAAAAAAAAAGACUACUACUGACCAUAUUUAUGAUCCAAAGACCUACCACAGUUUUAUUUUUGAUGUGUCACUUCGUGGGCUGAAAGGUCCUCAUAGUACGUUGAGUGUUUACUUCUUUACUGUAUGCGUGUGCACUGUGUAGCUGCAGAUUUGAUUGAUUGAUCCCAGUCUUAUUGGAUUUCUUCUUUACUUUCCUUCCAGUUAUUGUGUUAUGACCAAGCAUUAACGAUACCCUGAGCUCAUGACGCUUGCAUUACCAUCACUUUGCUUCCCGUGUGUGGUGCACUCAAAUAUUUUUACUUAACCACAAACCAGCAGUUUGAUACUGCUCCAGCUUGUUUGAUAUAAAUACUUUUUAAAUACUAAUUGUAGAAAAAGACUAUACAUAAUAAAACAUGAGGAAAAAAAAAAACAGUUUGCUUUGGCUGUGAUUAAAGAUUUAUUUUUUAAGACA